AUGCCUAUGCAACGUAAUUUACGAAAAUCUGUGCUGAAUAAAUCAGAAGAAACCAAAAGACAAUCCAUCAGCAGUGACAGUAAAUUUAGUGUAGAUGAAAUACUCAAUAAGUACGUUGGAGAAAAUGGAAUUUGGCAGUGGAGCAUUGUGUUUCUAAUUGUUUUAAAUUCCCCUUUAAUGGUGACGUUACCUGUAUUUGUUAAUGCAGUACCGUACCACCGUUGUAGAAUGGAAAACUCUAUGGAAAAACUAUUCAAAGACCAGAAUUUAAGUUUCGAGGAAGCCGCUACAUUUGUGGGUCCAUGGAAAGGUGAAGUUCCUGAAACAAGGAUGGGAUGUUUGCAGUUCGCAUUAGACUGGAGUAAUAUAACGCUUAUUAGAAAUCUACUUUUGAAUAAAUCCGAAGCCUCCCUUAUCGAUCGUGAAUCCCUGCAUACUGAGAAGUGUAUUUAUGGUUAUGUUUAUAAAAGUAAAGAGUUCCAGUAUCCCAGUACUGUGGUAGAAGAAUUUAACUUAGUUUGUGACAACAGUAUGCUUUCACCACUUGGAACCUCUCUUUUUAUAGUGGGAAUGACGUUUGGAUUCAUACUUGGUGGUUAUAUUGGUGACAAGUUCGGUAGACGACCAAGUGCAAUUGCAUUUUCUCUCAUCGAAAUGCUAGCUGCGAUUGGUGUUUCCUUAGCCCCUAAUCAUUAUGUCUAUGAUCUUAUGAGAACAAUUGUUGGAUUUUCUAGCACAGGAAAAGCCAUCGUCCUACGAGUAUUACCAAUUGAGCUAACUAAUGCCAAAUAUCGAUCUUAUUUCACAUCAUUCAUUGUUUUAGGAGUUGUAUUUGGACAUCGAGCUCUGAUGACUGGGAUAGCCUAUUUAAUACAAGAAUGGCGUAUUUUAAAUGCUUUGUCAAUGUUACCAUGUUUCACAUGUUUCAUGUACUUUUGUCUUUUGCCUGAAUCACCUCGAUGGCUUUUAUCUCAGUAUCGUGUUGAAGAAGCCAUCAUGGUAUUGAAAAAAGGGUGUCGUAUUAAUCACAUUUUUAAAAAGGACAAGUCAAAACUAUCACAAUUUGAUAAUUACCUGAAAGAUAUAAAUAUAACAGAAUUUAUUGUAGAAAAACGAUCUAUUCAUCGUGAAUCUAUGAGUUUUUCUGAACGAUUUAUUAAUUUACUACAAUCAACCAAGAAAAGUCUUUGCAAUAGACAAAUCAAUAAAACACUCAUACUAUGUAUUCUAGUAUUUAUGUAUCAUUCACUUGCUUAUUUGGGUAUCACAUUGUUUAGUAAGUAUAUUAAUUAUAAUAUUUAUAUUGUAACUCUUAUCAAUGCUCUAACUGGCAUACCAGGACCAAUUAUUGCAAGUGUAGCUUAUAGAUGUUUUAAGUAUAGACGAUUUCCAUUGAUAUGUACAUAUAUAAUUUCUGGUAUAUUAUUAUGUAUAGGUGGUGUUUAUACAUUAUUAUGGAAACCGUUAACUGACACUGUAUUGAAUAUAUGCUGUAACGGUGCGCUUAUAAUGUAUUCUGCUUCGACAAUUAUGUUAUCAGUUUAUAGUGCUGAAUUAUUUCCAUCAUAUAUGCGUACAGGUGCUGUAGGCAUAUCAAAUGGUUUAGGUAGAAUUGGUGGAAUCAUUUCAACAUUUGUAAAUUAUACAGAUUUAACUUUUGGACAUGGUACACCUGUAUUAAUUUAUGCCGGCUCAGCGAUUUUUCAAGCUUUUCUAUUAUAUUGUUUACAUGAUACCAGUGGUGAAGAUCUUCCUGAUGUAGAAGUAGGCUCAAAGUCAACAACCGAUAAUAGUGUUCAUCGAUGUACAUCUAAAAAAAGUAUUGAUACAUUGAAAGAAGAGUGUGUAAUCGAUAGGAAAACAUCAGAAGAUCAAAUGAAAUCAUCAUCAACGGCUGUAACUAAACUCUAG